GCCCGUUGGCACAGGAUGAGCAGAUGACAAAUUCAUUGUCGGGGAGCUGAGAGUGAAUGCUUGGGACAGAACCAGGUACAUACAUCAUGGUUGUGUCAAGCAGAGCGCUGAGGCUGUGUCUACUGUGAGCUGCCCACCUAGGUUGACAUGCGUCGAAGAAAUAGAAGUUCGGCGCACCGUUUCACUCCCGCAAUCUUCCCUGAACGGCCGACCCAAGUCUCAUACUACUGCACUCCUUCCCUUGCAGGCGGCUUCAAACACAGGCAUGAUGAACCGAAUACUAGAUAGUUGGGGGAUAGGCCGGCCCAAGAGGCGGUUAAUUCAAUUUCUAAUCUUUGAAAUCAGACGAUCGGCGAGCGGCAGCCAGCAACUUGAAAGACACAACGAUGACACUACCUCUCAACAAGACUCGACUAUUGUUCUUGGAGGCCCAACCGUACAACAGUGCUACAGCCGAAUCGUUAAAUCUUGGCGACCAUAUGGGGACAGUCGUUCAGGUCACCAUCAGAAGCAGAAACACAAGGUAACAAGACAACUACUGGGAAUAAUUUCAGUUUCAUUCUUAGAGACUUGGCGAUAUCUUGUUUCCAGUCCUUCGAAAGCGGAACUGGCCAUAUAUGCUAUAGAGCAGCGCGAUAUCACGACGGCUAUAGAGACACUGCUACUUGGACAUGUCAAUGGUUCCGACUCGGAGAAGCUUCCUAAACGCGUGAUCAUUCGAGAAGACAGGCUGCUAGGAUACGUUCUUGUUGGCGAGCGACGUCAAUGGACGUACGGACGACGUAAACAAUUCUACUGGGGUGGACAUCCGUUAAGGAGUAGCGAAGACAAAUGGGUAUUCUACUUCGAGACCACAAAAUUGCAGGUUAACUAUCCAGGGCGUCGAGUCUGAAAUUGUUUUUGUAGACCAUGGCCAAAUACCUAUCAAACUAUCAGCAGCAUCGCUCCCGGCCAGCUGUAGACCUGCGGAGUAUAACCUAUAUGAAGGUACCAUCGGCUUUUGAUUCCACCAUAUUGCUCGUACAAAUUGUAUACAUCCAUGCCUCAUAUUACGCGGCCAAAUGUCGAUCAAUUGCUUAUAUGAAAGUGUGCUU